GUCUCCAGCGCGGGCCUCCCCGGGCGCGGGCGAGUAGGUAAACAGAUCCGGAGCGCGUGGAGGCGACUCGAAGGUGACCGCGGGCCCCAGCUUCCUGCCGCCGGCCCCGCAGGAUGGCGGCCAUGCUGGGGGACGCCAUCAUGGUGGCCAGAGGCCUGGCCAGGCUGACGCAGGUGGCCCUGGAGACCCAUCUGCAGCACUGGGGCUUCGGCGGGGAGCUGCUCCUGGCGGCCAGGGCCCUGCAGUCCACGGCUGCCGAGCAGGUGGGCGCGUUCCUGGGGGGGGCGCAGGCUCAGGACAAACACGAAGAGCCUUUUGUGGAGAACUUCGAAGACCGGGAAGCAGAGUUCCAGUUCUCAGGCCCGCAGACAGCUGGAGCCUCCGCAGACUUCUCCGCCGACCCAUCGCAGCCGGGGUCCCCGGGUCACGCCCAGGGCCCAGCCCCUGCCUACGGAGCCAGCGGACCCUUUAGGGAAGCCGGGCUCUCGGGCCAGGCCACCUCCCCUCUGGGCAGGGUCCACGGGAGGCUCUUUGCAAACCCCACAGACUCCUUCUGCACCACCGGCUUUCAGCGGAGGUUCUUCCACCAGGACCAGUCCCCCGUAGGGGGCCUCACGGCCGAGGACAUCGACAAGGCGCGGCAGGCCAAGGCCCGCCCCGAGAACAAGCCGCACAAGCAGGUGCUCAGCGAGCAGGCCCGGGAGCGGAAGGUGCCGGUGACGCGGAUCGGGCGGCUGGCCAACUUCGGAGGUCUGGCCGUGGGUCUGGGCUUUGGGGCCCUGGCUGAGGUCGCCAAGAAGAGCCUCCGCCCUGAGGACCCCACAGGGAAGAAGUCCGUGCUGGAUUCCAGCCCGUUCCUGUCGGAGGCGAACGCGGAGCGCAUCGUGCGCACGCUCUGCAAGGUGCGCGGGGCGGCGCUGAAGCUGGGCCAGAUGCUGAGCAUCCAGGACGACGCGUUCAUCAACCCGCACCUGGCCAAGAUCUUCGAGCGCGUGCGGCAGAGCGCGGACUUCAUGCCGCUCAAGCAGAUGACGAAAACUCUCAACAAAGACCUGGGGCCCAACUGGAGGGACAAGCUGGAGUACUUCGAGGAGCGACCCUUCGCCGCGGCUUCCAUCGGGCAGGUGCACCUGGCCCGCCUGAAGGGUGGCCGUGAGGUGGCCAUGAAGAUCCAGUACCCCGGCGUGGCUCACAGCAUCAACAGUGACGUCAACAACCUCAUGGCCGUGCUGAACAUGAGCAACAUGCUUCCAGAAGGCCUGUUCCCUGAGCACCUGAUCGACGUGCUGAGGCGGGAGCUGGCCCUGGAGUGUGACUACCAGCGGGAGGCUGCGUGUGCCAAGAAGUUCAGGGAGCUGCUGAAGGACCACCCCUUCUUCUACGUGCCCGAGAUCGUGGACGAGCUGUGCAGCCCCCACGUGCUGACCACGGAGCUGGUGUCCGGCUUCCCCCUGGACCAGGCAGAAGGGCUGAGCCAGGAGAUUCGGAACGAGAUCUGCUACAACAUCCUGGUCCUGUGCCUGCGGGAGCUGUUUGAGUUCCACUUCAUGCAGACGGACCCCAACUGGUCCAACUUCUUCUACGACCCCCAGCAGCACAAGGUGGCGCUUUUGGACUUCGGGGCAACACGGGAAUACGACAGAUCCUUCACUGACCUCUACAUUCAGAUCAUCAGGGCUGCGGCUGACAGGGACCGGGAGGCCGUGCGGGCCAAGUCCAUAGAGAUGAAGUUCCUCACGGGCUACGAGGUCAAGGUCAUGGAAGACGCCCACCUGGAUGCCAUCCUCAUCCUGGGGGAGGCCUUUGCCUCAGACGAGCCCUUCGACUUCGGCACCCAGAGCACCACGGAGAAGAUCCACAACCUGAUCCCCGUCAUGCUGAAGCACCGCCUCGUGCCGCCGCCCGAGGAGACCUACUCCCUGCACAGGAAGAUGGGGGGCUCCUUCCUCAUCUGCUCCAAGCUGAAGGCCCGCUUCGCCUGCAAAGCCAUGUUCGAGGAGGCCUACAGCAAGUACCGCCAGCGGCAGGCCGGGCAGCAGUAGCCGCGGACCCCGGGGCUGCGGGUCGCGCCCAGGCGGGGACGCUCUGUCCCUGACGCAGGCUCCUGGGGACGUGGGGUCGGUGCUUCGCUUGACCCCACUGUCCAGUACGAGACGGGGGCUGCGGGAGCCCGCGCUUCACACGGUUUUCACGGCUACACGCAGGGUGGCAGGACGGGACGUGCAGGACUGAAACGCAGCUGCCCUGCUCUGUCGGCAUCUGCCGGUUUCCGCGUCCUCUGACGUAACUAGAUAAAAAGGCGAUUUUGUUUUCUCUCUCCUAUACGAAUGUUAAGCAGAACUGCGAGUACUUCUUCGAAUCUGCCACCAGAACACAAGCAGAUAAGGUUUUUGGAUUUUGUCAACUGUAGUGUAAGGUUUGUGUGUCUGUGCGAUGUUUCCUGCCCGCUUGCCCUCCAGCCUGGGGGCUGAGCGGGCGCAGGGCCAACCGUGCCACUCACCCUUGGGGGGCCCGGCCUGCUCGGGUGGGUCCCACGCUUUGCUGACGGCUGAAUGUUCCAGACAAUCGCUGCCUCGCGGGGAGGGGUCGGGAGCAGCAAGCCAGGGACCCGAGACACAUACCUCGCCUGCUGCUGGAAGGUUCCUUGCGGCCAGGGCCACUGCCAGAGGAGAUGCACAGCUGUCACUCGUUCUACCAAAGGGUCAUCACAGGCUCUGAAUUUUUGUACCAGUCUUAUAAUUACCUAAUGGUUUCAAGUCAAUAAAAAAAGUGCUUUGGUGA